UCCGUUGCUCUCUUCGCUCUAUUCUCUUCAAGCUGCUUCGAUCCUGAAUUCCUCAUCUACAUGAAUCUCUGUGUUUCUCUCUUCCUCAAGUUUCAAUUUUGAUCACAAUACCCCCUUGACUCCUUUCCAAUCCCUUUAUUCAAAACAGAAAAGAAUUAAAAAAAAAAAAGAGAAACAGAACAAAAAGAAAGAAAUGGGUUGCACUGUGAGGGAAAAGCACAUCAGAGCGAAUCGGAGGCCCCGAUCAUCAUCGAAACCCGAUUCUGAUUCGUGCGACAGAGACCCGAUUUCCAAAUCCAUAGCUGAGUCUGGCCUCAAGCCCUUCAGGUACCAUCACCAUGUGCCUCCCAACAACAACAACAACAACAACAACAACAACGAACCUUCUUCUACCCAGAACACGAACCCUAACUCCGAUGAAACGGGUUGGGGUUACUGCACGGAGGAACAGUUGGAGGAGAUCCUCUUGAAGAACCUCGAAUUCAUUUACAACGAAGCGGUUUCCAAGCUCGUCGCUUUGGGUUACGAUGAGGACGUUGCGGUCAAAGCUAUUUUGAAAAACGGCCAUUGCUACGGUGGAAUGGAUGUUCUCACCAACAUACUACAUAAUUCGUUAGCCUACUUGAAUAAUAAUAAUAACAAUAAUAAUAAUAGUGCUGGAAAUGGUGGGAAUUUGGACGAGAGUGAGGCUGCUUUCUCUGAUUUGAGGCACUUGGAGGAGUAUUCUCUUGCUGGUAUGGUGUGUUUGUUGCAACAGGUGAGGCCUCAUUUGAGCAAAGGUGAUGCAAUGUGGUGUUUGCUAAUGAGUGAUCUUCAUGUUGGUAGGGCCAGCACUAUGGAGAUUCCGGUCCCGGGAAGUGGGUACCCGAGUACUGCCACUGUGGCUGCCACGGUUGAAGGUGGUGGUAAUCCGGUGGUAGUUGGUGAUGGUGGUGGCAAUUCGGCGGUUGGUGGUGGUGGUGUUAUGGCUCCUGCAUUGUGUAGAUUUCAUGGUGGUUGGGGAUUUGGGAAUGGGGCAGGCUCAGGGUUUCAGGCGAAUGGGUUGUUCUCUUAUGGUGCUGCUGAGAUGAAUUUGCAUCUGCAAAGGGAUAUUGAGUUCCCUAAGAGGUUUAAUCUUUCGCCUUCAAUGAAAUCAUUGUUGAAGAGGAAUGUGGCUGCGUUUGCUGCUGGUUUUAGGGCGAAUUCGAAGCAAUUGCAGACUCAGGCUCAGGUGAAGGCCUUUUCUGGUAGUGCUGCUGUGUCGAAGUUGGAUUCUCCGGCUGUGAAUGGGGCAGAAGCACUGGUUGAGCAGCCUGGACAGGUGGGAGAAUCUCAGAAUGUUGAUAGCCAAGAUGCUGUGAAUUCAGUGCUGAGUAAGUUUCGUGAUCUUAAUCUUGAUGAGAAUUUGGAGCUUGUGGCGGAUGAUCAGAAGGAUGAGGUGAUAGUCACUUUGUUUCAUCAGAUCAAGGAUCUUGAGAAACAGGUCAAGGAGCGAAAAGAUUGGGCUCAUCAGAAGGCAAUGCAAGCUGCGAGAAAGCUAAGCAGUGAUCUUACUGAGCUCAAGAUGUUGAGGAUGGAAAGAGAGGAGACUCAGAGAUUGAAGAAAGGGAAACAGGCACUCGAGGACACCACCAUGAAGAGGCUCUCAGAGAUGGAAAAUGCUUUGAGAAAGGCUAGUGGUCAAGUGGACCGUGCGAAUGCAGCCGUGAGGAGACUAGAGACAGAGAAUGCGGAAAUUAAAGCAGAGAUGGAGGCUUCCAAGUUAAGUGCAUCAGAGUCCGUGACAGCUUGCUUAGAGGUUGCAAAAAGGGAGAAAAAAUGCUUAAAGAAGCUUCUAGCUUGGGAGAAACAGAAAGCUAAGCUGCAGCAGGAGAUUGCUGAUGAAAAAGCAAAGAUAUCGGAGACACAAGAAGUCUUGGCUCAGAUUAGACAGCGCCAAAAAGACGCGGAGGUUAAGUGGAAAGAAGAGGUGAAGGCUAAAGAGGAAGCUUCAGCACUAAUCGAAGAGGAGCGCCACUCUAAGGAAGCAGCUGAAUCUAAUAAUAAGAGGAAACUCGAGGCUCUACGUCUGAAGAUUGAGAUAGAUUUCCAGCGCCACAAGGACGAUCUACUGCGACUUGAGCAAGAGCUCUCACGGCUUAAAGCGUCUGCACAGUCUGCCGAGCUGCAUCAUCAGUCAAAUGCUGCUUCACCUGUUGGUGGCAACUCUGAGGGCGCAAUGCCCCAGAGAGAUACAAUUGCCAAGCUACUUCAAGAACUAAAUAAUCUAGAGGAUUAUUCGGAGAAGGAAGUCAAUGGCAACAGAGAAUGCAUUAUAUGCAUGAAAGAUGAAGUUUCCAUUGUUUUCUUGCCGUGUGCACACCAAGUUAUGUGUGCCGGUUGCGGCGAUGAGUAUGGAAGAAAGGGAAAGGCUGCUUGUCCUUGCUGCAGGGUUCCGAUCCAACAGCGAAUUCGGGUGUUUGGUGCAAGCUCAUAGGUUAUUUUACAGUUUUUUUGUUUCAAUGGGUAAUGACCAGGUAUAAGCUUUGAAUUUUUACAAUUAUUACUUUGGAAUUAAUAUUUGGGACUACUUAUCUCGUAUGAUCUCACAUUGCAUACAGUGAGAACUUAGCAUGUUGAGGAAUUAUUAUAUAUUAAUUAUAUAAUAAUUAUUAUUGUGUAAAUAAAAGGCAAAGUCUUGGGCUCUUGGCAUUACACUGUAUCUUGGAACGUCUGUAAUUUUGUUGGUUCCUGCCUUGGCUUGAAAAUAUAAGGAAUAAGAGUUUUGGUUUGAAAAACAGUCUAA